GAAAUGAAACCUAAAGGUCCCACCCUGUCAGCAUUAACUGGAGUAUAAGAAAUGGAAUUCGGACAGACAGACUCACUCCUGACAUCUGCAAACAGGCAAAAUGUCCAAAGGGCCUCUGAUUCUCUGGCUGGUGAUUGAACUUGGGCGGCUUUGUCUGACUCCGGUGGCAUCACAGACUGUCGUGACAGCAUUUUUGGGUCAGCCAGUGACUUUGCCGUGUACAUACUCAUCCUGGUCUCCGCAUAGUAAUAGCAUGUGCUGGGGCAGAGGCCAGUGUCCCAAGUCCAAAUGCAAUGAUGAGCUUCUCUACACCGAUGGGACAAAGGUGGUCUCAAGCAAGUCGCCAAAAUACCAACUUCGGGGGAUUAUCCAGAGAGGGGAUGUCUCCUUGACCAUCAUGGACACCAACGAACGUGACCAGAAUGUGUACUGCUGCCGCAUAGAGGUGCCUGGCUGGUUCAAUGAUGUGAAGAAGAACAUCCGCCUGGAUCUGAGGAGAGCCCCCACAACUACGCGCUCGACAACCACCCGCCGCCCAACCACAACCACCACCACCACCGCCGCCAUGACAACAGCCACAGCCGUGCUUCCAGCAACAGUCGUGACCACCUCUGACCUCACGUCCACACCACCACUUCAGAUGAGAACUACAGCUGCGCUCACAACCACGGCCUCCACGUGCCCUCUGACAACACUGAGCUCCCUUCCUGAGGAAGACACGAAACUGCUGACCCUUGAGCCUUCCACCGAGGGGCCCAUCCUCACGGCAGAAUUAGAGCCUGCCCUGCUCCCCAGGACCUCUCAGAGAAGCGUUGAGGAGACUUCUCGCCGCAGCACUGCCUUACUCACAUCCAAGACACCUGAGACAUCAUUUCUUGUGCAAAAUGAACUCGAACCAGAACAGAUAAGAAUGACCAGCAUCUACGAUCUGCUCAUGAUCAUUGCUCCUUCCCUGGGAUUCGUGCUGUUGGCAUUGCUUCUGGCGUUUUUUCUUCGAGGGAAAUUCGUGAAAGCCAAUUGUUUCCAGAAACACACCAGGCUAGACAAUGUUGGAGAAGGUAAAGAUGUCCUCAGUGGAACAGAAGAUGAAGAUGGUCUUUUCACCCUGUAAUGUGCCCCUUUUUCUUAGGACUGACAAUGUGGGUAUGACACGUGAAUCAUCAAAAUAAGUCUUAGAAUUUUUUCUGAA